AUGACGAUCAUUCACAUUGUACUAUUCGAGUGGAAAUCCACGGCUUCCCCAGAGCAUAUCUCAGAAGCUUGUAGCCGCAUGCUCGGACUCAAAGAGCAGUGCAUUCAUCCAACUUCCCAGAAGCCUUACAUCAAGUCCUUCUCAGGGGGCAAGAACAACAGCCCCGAAGGCCACAGCGGUAACUCAACCCAUGGUUUCGUAGUGGAGUUUGAGAAUGAAGAGGACCGCGACUACUAUGUAUACAAAGACCCUGCCCAUCAGGAGUUUGUGAAGUUGGCUGGAGAGGUGGCGAAUGGCGUCAAAGUCUUCGAUUACGAGCCAGGGAAGAUGUAG